CUAGUUGAACGGUGUCCUGAAAUGAUACUUUCGACGGUGUGACAGAGCUGGGUGAAGUUUUAAACAGAGCUGUCGGUAGUUUUUUUCUGAGUAUCUAAGAAGGAGCCUUGCUGCCCACAUUCCUCCGACUUUGACUCAUUAAAGGCGGCCUGUUUUUGCUUUAAAGACGCCAACAUGGAUGCUAACUUUAGCCAAGUCACUAGCUAACUGGAUCCACAACCUUCUGUCCUUUCCAGGAAUACAGACUGGCUGAGUUUUUUCUGGCUGUUUUAUUUAAUAUUUAAACUGAUGUCACAGCCUGGUGGUCCUUGUAGCGCUAAUAUAUGAUGUGUUGUUGAUGUAAGUUGGCGAUAUGCAGCUAAAUAACCGCUAACCUGGUCGUUAGUCCCGUCCUGAGUGGUUUCUGAUAAGACUUCACAAACAACUUAGUUGUGUCUCCCAAACAUGGACUCUAUGGAGGUGGCUCGAUAGGACAAGUGUCGCCGUUCGCGACACCAAAUGCCUCCUCUGUGAGGCGAACAAUCAGCAGCAUCAUUCCCCACCAGAACUACUCCAAUUCCUGCAUCAUCAUCAUCAUCCGUGAGCCAGCAGGAUGUUGGAGGGGCUCGUAGCCUGGGUACUAAACACUUACCUGGGAAAAUAUGUCAGCAAUCUGAACACAGAUCAGCUCUCCAUUGCACUUCUCAAAGGCGCAGUGGAACUGGAAAACCUCCCACUGAGGAAAGAUGCCCUCCGAGAGUUUGACCUGCCAUUCGAAGUCAAAGCGGGAUUUAUUGGCAAGAUCACUCUCCAGAUCCCUUUCUACCGGCCUUAUAGUGACUCAUGGGUCAUCUCCAUGUCCCAGCUCAACCUGAUCAUUGGUCCCACCCAGCUGCAGGAGUUUGAUGGGGAGAAGGAAAACGAGGAAGCGAGGGAACGCAAAAAAUGCCUUCUCAAGGCUCUUGAAGAUAAAUUCAGAAGUGAGUGUGAACAGAGAGGAGAGUCGUACUGGUACUCCGUCACUGCCUCAGUUGUCACCAGGAUUGUUGAAAACAUUGAACUGAAGAUCCAAAAUGUUCACCUUAGAUUUGAGGAUGACCUUUCGAUCCCAGGGAAGGCCUUUUCUUUUGGAGUUUGCAUCAGCAGCGUGUCUGCCCAAAAUCCUUUGAAGGAGUCUGUCCAAAAGCCUUUCAGACAAAAGCAGCUGGAGAUUGAAGACUUCAGUGUUUAUUGGGAUACAGAGUGUGAAAUGCUGGGAAAGCUGCCUGCAAGCCAGAUUCAGGAUGCGAUGACUCAGUGUAUGCAGAGUCGUGAGCACCAGUAUAUCUUUGAACCAGUGCGUGCCUCCGUGCUGCUUAGGAGAAACACCUCCAGGGAGCCUCUGAGGUCCCGGCACAAUCCCCGGAUCGAAGGCCAGGUCCAGCUGGAACCCAUGUCUUUACGUCUUUCACAGGUUCAGUACCAGCAGAUGAUGGCUUUCCUUAAAGAAGUGGACCGCAGAGAGAGAGGGAUGCUGUACAGAACAUGGAGGCCCAAAGUCACAAUUUCUGGGAACUGCAGGACAUGGUGGAUGUUUGCCAUUCAGGCUAACCUGAGUGACAUCAGGGAGCAGCGGAGGCGAGGAAGCUGGGUCUUUGCGCUGCAGCGAGCCCGGGACGCACUGACCUACACUGGCCUCUACUUCAAAAGGCUUAAAGGCGUCUUACUGAGUCCUGAGGAGGAGGCUGAACUGGAACGAGUUGAAGAGGAGCAGACACUGGAGGAGCUCCAAAUUCUCAGAGAAGUUGUCCAUGACUGGUUUAGAAAGGAGGAAGAGAUUGCAGAGAACGUUCGAGAGCCAAGUGGCAGCCCCCAGCCUGGUCCACCUAACACAUCAGUUCCUAAAAGCGGAAGCUCCAGAAUGAUUCUAUACCUGCAGUCUUGGUUCCCUGGUUGGGGGGGCUGGUAUGGAAAUACACAGGAUCUGGACACACCUGAAGAACUCUUGCCAAGUCCAUCGUCCUGGGAUAUUCUAGCAGAGACUGAGGACUUAUUCGACCCACUGGAGGACUCCCACACUCUGAACACGUUCACUAGACGAGAUCACAUGUUUGCCCGACUGGAGUUCUUAUUGGAGAAGGGUGGAGUCACUCUCUUUCAAGUGGAAAGGAGGGCGAACAUGAUGCACGAAAGUGGAGUCAUCCAGCUGGAAUUCUCAGGAGUGAAGGUGAUCGUGGAAUCUCUUCCUCGCUCCGAGUCGUCCUUGCUGUCUGUUAAACUGGGCAGCCUGUUCCUGAGAGACCUGACCACUCAGGGCACCAUGUUCCCAUUCCUGGUGUCUCCCAAAAUGGACAAAGUUGUUGUUGCCCUUAAUCAGUCCAUGAGUCCGCACAGCAAUGCUACUGAAGGAAAUGCUGAGUGGACUUCUCCGGUGUUCGAGAUGAUAUAUGAGCGCAAUCCUGUGAGGUCCAAGUUUGAGAGAAGGCUGGAGGUGAACACAAGCCCGUUAAACAUAAUCUACAAUCCACAAGCCAUGAAAAAAGUUACUGAAUUCUUCUAUAAAGGAAGAGUUCACACUUCAGGUUUUGGCUAUCAGUCUGAGCUGGAGCUAAGGGUGGCAGAGGCUGCAAGGAGGCAGUAUGACAAGCUGAAGAAACAAACCAAGGCUGAGUUUCGACAAACCGUCGAUCAGCUGCUUGUUGGAGAGUUUAUUGAAAACAGCAAGCGUUGGACGAUGAAACUGGACAUUUGUGCGCCUCAGGUGAUUUUCCCUGAUGACUUCCAGUCAGAAGAUCCAAUGCUUGUUGUGGUGGAUUUAGGCAGGAUUCUUCUGACGAACUCUCAAGAUGACAAUAUCGUCAACUCUAAAGUUGCUGAACCUGAACAGGAAGACCUGAGUGACGAUGAGUACCAAACUCCUCUGGCCACCCCACCUGAGUCACCACCUGAAACCGACGCGCCUUUAAGAGCACAAUUCAAAGACCCUGAACUUCUCAGCCUCAGAUCUCCAGAGGCUACAAAGGCCUACAGCAAGAAGCUCUAUGAGAAAUACUGCUUGUCAUUUAAGGACCUCCAGAUAAUGGUUGGACAUUAUAAGGACAGCUGGAAGCAUCUUCAGGAAAGUGAAGUAGGACCAACCCACGUGGUGGAAAAGUUUAACGUACUGCUGCAGCUUGAGCAGAGACUGCGCUACACAUCAGACCCUCAGCUCCCUGGAGCUGUGCUGUCAGGAACCCUGCCAGAUCUUAAGGUGCAUAUCAACCUUGAGAAAAUGACAGCAAUCAGAACUUGUCUUGGUCGGCUAAGCAGACCAGCUGCGAGUGAAGGUGACCGAGGCCUGGAAAACGGUCCAAACGUAACAUCCCCUGAUCCUCCCACACUCCGCCAUGACAAGAUCUUUCACAGAGUGGACAGCUCGUGGAAACUUCAGGAUUCUGCCAAGAAUCUUACCCAAAGCGUGACGACAUUAGAACAGCACACACAAGAAGUUCUGGUGGAAUCCCGCCUGCUGUUGGCUGAAUUCAACAUUAACUACAUGCAGCUUGGUGUGGAGAGUAAUGGCCGCUAUAUAUCUGUUUUUAAAGUGUUUGGCACAAAUGCUCAUUUUGUCAAGCGGCCGUAUGAUGUUGAAGUCUCUCUGACUGUUCAUGGGUUUCUCCUGGUGGACACUUUACAGACGUACGGCUCAGACUUUGACCUGCUCGUCGCGUCUCACAAGCAUCUAAGUUUUGAUGUUCCCACCGGCAGCCUCAGGGAAAGCCAGCCAUCUUCCCCUGCCUUGUGUGAUGAGAAGACCUUGGAGUAUCCUGAUAUUCAUGCUGGGUCAUCUUCUGAUUUGUCCCCAUUAAGUUCCUUCCUGAAGGAUCAGGAUGCCCUCAUCAGGCUUGAGUACCAGUUUGUGAGCUCAGACUGUCCCAGCAUGAACCUUGACAACUCCCUCCAGAUUACAAGCAUUCAGGUCAAUAACUUGGACAUUAUUCUCAACCCUGAGACCAUGGUGGAGCUACUGAAGUUCCUCCAAAAGUCUUUCCCCAAAGAAGAAAAUAUGUCAUCCACACAGGAGUGUCCAGCAGAGCGUUCCAGUGAGGAAGAAGACCGGGCAUAUCAGGCCACGUAUGACCAGAACAAAGAGCUAACGGUUGAGAUCCACCGCCUCAACCUGCUUCUCCUUCGAACCGUCUCCUCUGGCACUGCCCUGGGUGUUGAGAAAAAAGGUCUGAAGAUUGCCACCGCCAGCAUUUCUGAUACCAAGGUCAACGUUUCUCUGGGAAGCCAUUUGGACAUCAGUGGUUCACUUGGAUCCAUGCAGCUGGUGGAUUUAACCCAGGAGGCAGACCGAAGCCAGUUUGUGGUCAGCAUUGGGAGUGUUGAUGACACCUCCUCAAGUCCCGAUGGAAUAACAUUCCUGUCUGACAACAGAGAGUCUCCUACAGAUGCCCUGAACUUUCAGCUCAAGGAGAAAUCCCAAGGGGAGUGUUCUUUGAAACUGGAAAUGGCAUCUCUCCACUACAACCACUCAGCCAAGUUCCUGCGAGAGCUCAGUCUGUCAGCCAAUGAGCUGGAAGACAGUUUCCGCUCCAUGUUGAAAAACGCUGCCACUACAGUGUCGACAGUUCUUGCUACUAAAACCGCAGAGUACAGCGAAAGGGUUUCACUCUUCGAGAACCCGUCACGGAGAACUCGGACUUCAAGCCAAGGUUGGGCACAUUCAUUCGACAACAAGGAGGACGAUUCCACGGAGGAACCCGAAUCUGCCUUGGACACGUUCUUUGUGAAGCUGACCCUCAAUAUAAGCAUCGAAUCGCCAGUCGUGUUCAUUCCCAGGAAACCUGGACACCCGGAGCUAUUGGUCGGUCAUCUGGGAAGGAUAAAAAUUCAGAACUUUCUGAAUAACGAAGACUCUCAAAGAGAGAGGCUGCAGGUGUUGGUGAAGGAUAUCCGACUGUUUUCAGUCAACAUGUGUCAUUUGGUUUUGAAGAGGGCGUCCAAAGAGGAGAGAGCUGAUAAUUAUUCUCCAUACCACAAUGAAAAUGUCAGCAAGGAUGAAUCCCAGUUCACACGGCAUGACUUCUUUGAAUCCAUCACCCGGGGAAAAGCUUUCCACAUACUUAAAAACACCACUAUACUCUUCACUUUGGAGAAAAGUCCUGUUGAUUCCGAGUACAUCUUACUUACUACAGAGGAGAACUUUAAAAGCACAGGCCAACUGAGGAUUGAAGGGAAAUUUGUCAACCCUGUUCAGGUUUUUCUCUGCAAGCCUGUGUAUGAGCAAGUUCUCCAGACCCUGGACAAUUUAUCCCUGAUUGAGGAGCAACAUCCCACACCCAGCCAGCCUCCGACUCCUCCUCCUCCGACUCCUUCAUCUGCCAGAUCCCACUGCUUCCCAGACUCGCAAGGAGGCCUGUUUGCAAGGGAUCCUCCCACUAUGAGCUUCUCCCAUUCGUCCCUUUACUCUCCUUUACCUCUGCAGUCUCACAGACCGGUUCUCCAGCCUCCCUCUUUCACUCAGCUGAAGGUCACCUUACAUGUGGCACAGCUGCAGGUCCAGCUCAGUGCCGACCUCUCCCAGGGUUCCCAGGGCUUGGUCAGUGUUUGCUUCCAAGAUUUGGAGGGGCACUUUACCAAAGAUCACCAACACUUACUUGAAGUGCAACUGGCUCUCCGUGCGCUGCUGAUGGAAGAUCUCCUGGAUCAGAAUCCUGAUUCUAAGUACAAACACUUGAUGAAGUCCCACGGAGCUCCAAAGCCCUCAACGUUCACUUCUAAGGAGUACCUUUCCCAAAGCUGCCCGUCCAGGUCCAAUGCUCUUGCCCCAGACAUGCCCCGCUCCCUGCCUGCCCACAUAAAGGAAACCCAAAACGUCUUCCAGCCCUACCAGAGGCAUCCCACCACACCGUCCAGCAGCCGCAAAUCUAAGAAGGACCCAGAUUGUCCCAGCACCCCUCCUCCUUCUCCAACACGCCACACCAACUCUCCUCAGCCCCCCUCAAACUAUGAUGACUCAUUAGUUCAUAUAAAUGUGCUGCUGGUGGACUCUAACCAUCCAGAGUUUAAAAUGCGCUACGGCAGUGUGGGGCGAAGCGUGGACAUAGACUUUAACUGCCUGGAUAUUUUGAUCACUCUGCAGACCUGGGUGGUCAUUCUGGACUUCUUUGGUAUCGGCUCCACAGCCAAUAAUCAUGCAGUAAAGGUGGCAACGUCACCCCAACCUGUGCCAGGACAUUCUGUGUAUGAGCCAGACUUCAGUGAGGAGGAGACGGCUCAGACUGUCAACACAAAGGUGGACCUGAAGGUUCAUUCUUUGACUCUUAUCCUAAACAAGAAACUCCAUGAACUCGCCAGAGCGAGUGUGUCCAAAUUAUCUGCUUAUCUGGAUGUGCAUGACGGUGACCUGAGAAUACAGGGUAGUUUAGGAAGUUUGUCCCUGAGUGACCUGACUCCACACGGGGACCUGUACAGAGAGCGCUUCACCACACAAGGAGGGGAGGCGCUUGUUUUCAACAUUCUGAAGUACGGCCAGCCUGAUCCUGACCUGCAGCGGGAGUGUGAUUUCAAGGUGUCUUUGCAGAUGGCCUCCGUACAGUACGUACACACACAGCGCUUCCAAGCCGAGGUCAUAGCCUUCAUCCAGCAUUUCACCCAGCUGCAGGAUGUCCUCGGCAGACAGAGGGCUGCAAUGGAGGGCCAGGCUGUGCGUGAUCAACCUCAGAGGGCUUCCAGGGUUCUCCUGGACAUCGACGCUGGUGCUCCAGUUCUAAUCAUCCCCGAGAGCUCGCGGUCGCCCAGGGUCAUUGUAGCCAACCUGGGUCAGCUGAAGGUUCAGAACCUCUUUCUGCCGGCUGGGGCUCACGGAACCUUUUCCCUCAGAGACAAGGAGCGUGUCAAGAAUGCACAAGGUGGAGCAAGUAAUGUGGAGAAAAAACCCAGAAGUUCUCCCUUCAACUCUGCCUCAUCCUCAGGAUUUACCCUCAGCAGACCGAAAGUUCUACAUGCUGGGACCGACCCUAAGGAUGAGGACCCAGCCAGCCCAGAAGACCAUGUAUGCCUGUUGGACUGCAUGGCCCUGGACCUGCAGGAGAUGGAUAUCUUUGCUGCAGAGCGUCUGCCCUGUCGUCCGUGGGACAGCACUGGAAAACCGGAACCCUCUGACCUUAUCUUUCCGUCCUACUCUGUCCGUCGAACUGGAGACAACCUGCUGAAAGACUGCUGCCGCCUCACACUAAAGGUGGAACGCAACUUGGACGGGGAGCUGAGCCAUGCAGUGCCUGACACAACCAUCCAUGGCAGCCUGUCAUCAGUGCACUGCUCUCUGGACAAGAAACACUACCAGCUGAUCCGGGGGAUCCUGGAGAACAACCUGGGAGAGCCUGUGGAGGAGUUCCUGCGGCCGUACAACCUGCAGGACCCCAGCAGCUAUACAGUGUUAAGUGGAGCUGUCUUCACUAACCUGUCUUUCUUGGUGGACAUGACGGACGUCAGCCUGGAACUUCUAGACAGCCCAACAUCUGCUGAAAACAGAAACUCUUUAGCAAGGUUUGACUUUAUGAAAUCCAAAGUCCUGUUUGAGAGUUUAUCUGAUGGCUCCAAGUCCGUGAACCUGGUAUCUCACUCUCUGCUGGCAUACGAUACGAGAUACGCUGGAACAAAUAGAAGCACUGAAGGAAUCAGACAAAAUGUGUUUGACUGCAUAUUGCAGCCAUCGAAAACAGGCACAAAUCGUGCAUCCCUGCAGCUGGAACUACAUUACAGAUCCACACGUGACUCGUCCAGCUUCACAGUGGUCCUCAAUAACCUCAGGGUGUUCCUCAUCUUUGACUGGCUGAUGCUUGUGCAGGACUUCCUGCGGCUGCAGCCAGAAAACCCGCCGGACAGCGCAGAAUGUCAGCAGCACUGCCCAGGUAGCACCAGCGCCAACCUGAGCGCGACUGGAGCCGUCAUGCCGAAGACCGUGAAAAGUGGAGUGGUCACAAAGAGGUCCACGGUGUUGGUCAGUCAGGACCGCUGCCUGGAGGUGAAGAUCAACGUGACAGGCACAGAGUUUGUGGUGGUGGAGGACCUGUCCUGUCUCGAUACCAAUGCUGUCAUACUGAAAGGCACCACGGUCCUCACAUACAAGCCCCGGUUGGUAGAUCGACCCUUCUCUGGCAGUCUGGCAGGAAUAGAGGUGUUCUCGUGUCGGCUGGGCAGCGAGCAGGAGACGGCGUUGUCCAUCAUCGACCCUGUCAACGUGCAGGUGGAGCUGUGUGGCAGCCCCACGUACCAAAGCAGCUCGGGUCUCCUGGAUGCCUUUAAUGUUGAGGACAUCCCACCGCUGCUGGAGAUUCAGUUUCCUGCUCUGGAUAUCCGUCUGUCCUACAAUGACAUCCAGCUUUUCUUAUCCAUUGCCAAGUCCAUCUCUGCUGCCAAAGCUCCGUCUUCUCCUCCUGAUUUAACUGAUGCAACCCCUCCACCCAAAGAUGGCGUCAGGCAGAAGACUCCAAGCUCUUUAGAAAUCCAGCUGAGCCAUUUGCAAAAUCUUGGCUUCAAAAAAGAGGACUGCAAAAAAGCCCUCAGGGACUGUAAAGGUCAUCUGGACCAGGCUGCCACCUGGCUGUUGGAAAACUCGGAGAACAUGGCGGAACAUCCCAGAGGCAGGACGGACUCCGGCUCCAGCAGCCACUCUUGUCCUCUCUCCGGGGUGGAGGUGAAGGCUGAGAGCGUCUGCAUCUGUUUCAUUGAUGACUGCCUGGAUUGUGACAUCCCGCUGGCUGAGCUCACCUUCUCCAGACUGAAUGUGCUGCAGCGCAUUGGCUCCACCCGGGAAGGAAACGCCAGCUUCACUCUGUGUGGAGACUACUACAACAGAGAGUUUUCAGGCUGGGAGCCUUUCAUCGAGCCCUGGCCCUGCUUCCUGUCGUGGCAGCAACAGGCCGCUGGUCGUCUCCAUCCUCCACGUCUGAAGAUCGGGAUCCGAGCAAAGCAGAGGCUCGAUGUCAACAUCACCUCGGUUCUGCUCGAUCAAUACAACACCACCAAGACCUCCUGGAUGGCUGAUUACUGCAAGACAGACAAACCGACUCCUACAUCAUCACCUCCUCUGCCUUGGUUAGGUUCCUCAGUUGACCCACCGGGCUUUGGACACAGUGCACCUCUUGCUCACCUUAGAACUAGGAGCACAGCCAGCUUGACCUGCCUCGAGCAGCAGAUACACUCCAGAGAUGUCAAGAUAUCAAAGAGGAGGCAACCAUUUGUCCCAUAUGCACUUCGCAACCAUACAGGUUGUACCAUGUGGUUCGCCACUUUGACCACGACUCCUACACGGGUGGCGCUGUCCCACAGCAGCAGUGUGGACUCCAUUUCCGAUAUCCAAAGCUCAGGAACUGAUGACACCCACAACGUGAGUCAGUGGAGAGAGGUUCUACCUGGGGAGGAGAUUCCCUUCGAGUUCGAGGCCCGUGAGAAGCUCCGUCACCGACACACUCAUGAGCUGAAGCUCCACCAGCUGCUGGUUCGGGUGUGUGGCUGGGAGCAAGUCAAGCCGGUGUCUGUGGACAAAGUGGGGGUUUUCUUCAGAUACGCUGCUCCAGACAAAAACAAUUCUUCAAGCACUGUUGGCAGCCCAAUCAGCAGAACCAACAUCAUCCACCCUCAUGUUUAUUUCUCUGCACUGCCCCCUGUCAGAGUGGUCUUUGCCAUCACAAUGGAGGGCAGCGCCCGGAAGGUCAUCACCGUGCGCUCGGCCCUGAUGGUGAAAAAUUGCCUGGAUGUUCAGAUGGAAGUCAGAUUGGACAGCCCCUCUGCGCCUGAUAAGCCGGUGGUGUUGCCUCCCAUCCUGCCUGGCCAGUCCUUAGCUGUCCCCCUCCACUUGACCUCCUGGCGGCUGCAAUCUCGGCCCAAAGGCAUGGGUCUGUUCUUCUGUAAGGUUCCGAUCCACUGGACCAACGUGGAGCGACCUGGAGAGGUCAGCAGCAGUAAGAGGGAGUGCCAGUCAGCAGAUUUUGAUGAUUCACUCAAACGCAACUUCAGAUUUUGUGUGGUCAUCAAGAAGGAGAACUUUCCAGAGCAGCAGCCUGCGAAGCGGCAGGUUUCUGGCAGCACUCAGCAGAUCUAUCGGCAGCCGGGACACACCAUGUACCUGCUGCCCACCAUGGUGCUGAGCAACCUGCUGCCCUGUGACCUCAACUUCUACAUCAAAGGGACGAGCAUCAAAGGUUUGCUGAAGCCGGGGAAGGAAGCGGUGCUUCACUCUGCUGAUACAUCCCAGAACAUGGAGCUGGGGGUCAUGCUGGAGAGCUUUCCCAUGUGCAAAGAGCUGCUGAUUCCUCCUGGUACUCAGAAUUAUGUGGUGCGCAUGAGACUGUACGACACCAAUAACCGGUUGCUGUGUCUCACGAUCCGCAUCAUCCUGAGGGCACAAGGAGCUAUGAAGAUCCUGGUCUCUUCUCCCUACUGGCUCAUUAACAAGACAGGUCUGCCGUUAAUUUUCCGUCAGGACAACAGUAAAACCGACGCAGCGGGACAGUUUGAGGAGCAUGAGCUGGCCCGGAGCCUCAGCCCGUUACUGUUCUGUUACACAGACAAAGAGCAGCCUGCCAUGUGCACGAUGCGAAUUGGGAAAGGGAUCCACUCAAACGGAGUUCCAGGCUGGUGCCAAGGCUUCUCCCUGGAUGGAGGGAGUGGAGUCAGAGCGCUGAAAGUCAUCCAGCAUGGAAAUAAGCCUGGACUCAUCUACAACAUCGGAAUCAGCGUUCGUAAAGGAAAAGGAAACUACAGAGACACCCACAUAGUGACCUUCGCCCCACGCUACCUGCUGGACAACCACUCAACACAUAAACUGGCCUUCGCUCAGAGAGAGUUUGCUAGAGGAAAGGGUGCUUCCAAUCCAGAGGGUUACAUUUCUACCCUACCAGGCUCCAGUGUUGUCUUCCACUGGCCCCGAAACGAUUACGACCAGCUGCUGUGUGUGCGCCUCAUGGAUGUCCCCAACUGCACAUGGUCUGGAGGCUUCGAGGUCAACAAACCAAAGUCCUUUCACGUCAACAUGAGAGACACGCUGGGGAAAUGUUUCUUCCUGCGGACAGAGAUCAGCCUUAAAGGAGCCACCUACCAGAUUUCCUUCACUGAUACGGAUCAGCUGCCUCCACCUCUCCGCAUCGACAAUAUGUCCGAGGUGCCGAUCCAGUUCUGGCAGCACGGUGUGGCUGAUCUGCGGCUGCACACUGAGGUGAAGGCUGUGUCAGGGCUGGACUACGCCUGCGAUGAACCCACCCUGCCCCCGUACAUCACCCUCACUGUGAAGGGAGCGGGAUCCUCCGAGGUCACCGCGGACAUGAACUUCUUUAAAGAAUACAACAAACUCUACUACGAGAACUUCAUCUACAUUGCAGCCACGCACACCUUCUCUCAGAAUGUGGAUAGGAAACACGUUGGGAAGCGGCGUCUGGAGAGCUGCGCUGAACUGGUUCUCGACGUAGACCCCAAGACUCAGAGGGUCAUCCUGAGAAAAAAGGAGCCUGGGAAGCGAUCCCAGCUUUGGAGGAUGACUGGGACUGGCAUGCUUUGCCAUGAAGGUUCUUCUCCACCCCAGAGCAAGCCGGCCCAGCCCAGACCGCUGGACACAUCCUUGGUGCUGGACAUUGCUGGGCUUGCAGCUGUCAGUGACAACAGUUUUGAACCAUUGAUGCUGAGGAGGCCUGACUCACGCCGCAGCACCACCCAGACCUGGUACUUCAGCUCAGGCAUGCUGACAUGUGGCCUUCCUCGGCUGGUGGUGCAGGUGAAAAGGGGCAUUGCAGGGCUGUAUGACGGAGCUGAGGUGGUACUGGGACCAGAUUCAGGUGUAGAACAGCCUGGUCCAGAGCAGCAGUUCAUCAACCAAAAGAUGAGACCUGGAUCAGGGGUGCUCUCAGUCCAGGUUCUACCAGAUGGACCAACGCGUGUCCUUCAGAUCAGUGACAUCAGUCAGAGGAGAAUGAUGUGGAGCUCCUCCAGCACAGAACAGGAUGGAAGCAAAGAGGAAGAACAGAAGACGGAGCUUGAGCAGGAGCUGGAGGUGUUGGUAAACCUGGAGGACGGUCUGGGGGUCUCUUUGGUCAACAAGGUUCCUGAGGAGCUUGUUUUUACAACGAUGUCUGGUGUGGAUGUUCAUUUCACUCACACUGCAGCCAACGAAGUCCUGGAACUGAGCAUCCAGAACAUCCAGGUGGACAACCAGCUGCUGGGCACCACCCAGCCUGUGAUGCUGUGUGUGACUCCCAGUUCUGGGGACAGUGGUGCAAACGACAGCGGCCCGGCUCUGCAGGUCAACGCAGUCAAAGUUCCCAGCAAACUCAUGCUCACAGAACUCUUUAAGCACCUCAUGGUCACGGCGCGGCGCUUCACGGUCAUCAUUGAGGAAAAACUGCUGCUCAAGCUGCUCAGCUUCUUUGGUUAUGGAAAGGCCGCAGUUGAGCUGGAGAAACUGGAUGAAAACCUGCAUGAGAGGCCCAGCGAGGAUACGGGGCCCCAUAAACACUACUACUUUGAGAAUUUGAAGAUCAGCCUCCCUCAGAUCAAACUCAGCAUCCUCCCGUCUCACAAGUUGCCCCCAGACCUCAAGGCAUUAAAAGGCACCCUGGGAUUCCCUCUGAUCCGUUUUGAGGACGCAGUCAUCAACAUGUACCCGUUUACGAGGGUUCACCCAUAUGAGACCCAGGAGAUCAUCAUCAACGACAUCCUCAAGCACUUCAGAGAGGAGCUCAUGAGCCAGGCAGCUCAGAUCCUCGGCUCUGUGGACUUCCUGGGGAACCCAAUGGGCCUCCUCAAUGAUGUGACAGAGGGCGUUUCUGAACUCAUCAAGUAUGGGAACGUCAGUGGUCUCAUUCGCAAUGUGACGCACGGAGUAUCUAACUCUGCUGCCAAGUUUGCAGGCACUUUAUCAGACGGGCUGGGUAAAACCAUGGACACCCGGCACCAGAGUGAGCGGGAGUACAUCAGAUACCACGGUGCCACCAGUGGAGAGCACCUAGUGGCCGGGAUUCAUGGACUCGCUCAUGGUAUCAUUGGGGGGAUGACGAGCAUCAUCACCUCCACAGUGGAGGGGGUGAAGACGGAGGGUGGAGUCAGUGGUUUCUUCUCAGGACUCGGUAAAGGUCUGGUUGGUACCGUCACCAAACCUGUCGUUGGAGCUUUGGAUUUUGCCUCGGAGACGGCCCAGACGGUCCGAGACAUAACCAGCCUCAGUAACCACAGACUCACUGUGCAGGGGGUCAGGAAGCCUCGCUGCUGUAAGGGUCCUCAGGGUCUGCUGCCUCGAUACUCAGCCACACAGGCGGAAGGUCAGGAGCAGCUCUUCCGGCUUACAGACAACAUUCACUCCGAGUUCUUCAUAGCUGUGGAGCCGAUCGACACCUACUGCGUCCUCAUCUCCUCUAAAGUGGUUUACUUCCUGAAGCCAGGGGACUACGUAGACCGGGAGGGCAUCUUCCUGGAGGUCAAAUAUGACGACCUCUACCACUGUCUGGUGUCUAAAGAUCAUGGGAAAGUUUACGUGCAGCUCACCAAGAAGGCGGAGAACACCAGCAGUGGGGUGGCCAUUCCUGGACCCUCCCACCAGAAACCCAUGGUCCACGUGAAGAGCGAGAGCCUCGCUGUUAAGAUCUCCCAAGAAAUCAACUACGCCAAGAGUCUGUACUGCGAGCAGCAGCUGAUGCUGCCGGCUGAUGAGAACGAGGACUUUCUGCUGCUUGAGUUCUGAUGCAGACUUUUUCCUUCUGGGUCCGUAAAGCUUCUCUUAGGUUCUGAAGAGACUGCAGGAUUGGACACCUGUGCUGUCCGUGUUUGAGCUGCUGUGAAUGUAACACACCUGUGACCUGACGUCGAACCGAGCACUUUCAGAUUCAUGAACUAUAAAAACCAAGUCAACCACUAUUUGUUCUGGAUGUUUAUCAACACACAGAACUGUAAAUAUAUCUACAUAGAAGCACUAAAAACUGUAUAUAUGUUGUGAUAAUAAAGAUAGGAUAUUAACAAGAAGCUGACCAUCUAAACUCUAACAAACUGCUUUUAGAUGUGUGUGGAAGUCUAUUAGAGAACAUGAAGGUGGUGAGACCUGCAGGCUGGAUGCCAUUUUUGAUUUUUACUCUCACAGACCUCCAUCUUUUAUCCACCAAGGUUUUUAACCAGUUUUAAUAAUGCACAUAUCAAAGUGUCACUGUCGGCCCGGUUCCCAGUGGAACCAGAGGGCAGGAAUAUCCAAGAAGGAAGAACUCCAUCUGGGAUUCUGCAGCCAACCGCAGCACUCAGUGUUUCCUGUCUCUGAUUCGUCUAAACUGCUGCACAAGAUGUUUGCUUCGUAUCAGGGGGGUAGGUGGGGUGAGCUUUACUUCAGAGGAUUUGCUGCAGGGUCGUGGUCCCUCCACACACAUGAUUGUUCACAUUUAAGGAGGAAAUCAGUACUUCCCUUUAUGUUGCAGUGGUCUGAUUAGCUCCGGUGACAGAACCUUUGAAAGCGGCUGUUUUUUAAGUUCUGAUAUAUUGUGGAUGCAAAGGUUAAGUGGAGAAUUUUGCACCUCCAGACUGAUGAAGAUUAUUUGUAGGCAGGCCACUUACCAUUUUAAAAUUACCUUUUAAUAUUUUUGCAAUAAAACAUUUGAGUAAAUUUGUGUCGUUUAAAAAAAGUGAAGCACAUCAUUUAGUCCCAAUGGAAGAAUGAUCUGAACCAGGAAUCCUGGAAAAAUGACCAAAGAUGAGAAAGUCACGCUGUGACCCAGUGUGUAAACCUGUCUGUUCACAUCCUCCCACAGGAGCAGGAUCUGGCCUGGAGUGGCCUCCUCAGCUCAUGCGCUGCUGGUACCAACAUUAACUACACUAAAGCAUGUGGAUCCUGCAGCUUCUGUGUCUGAUGACUCAGGGUGAGCCUCCAGUUCUGAGGUCUGGGUCUGAUGGAGGUGAGGCUUCUACCAGGAGGUCCUCGGAGGGCAGCUUGUGUUCUGUUGGAGCCGCAGAGCUCAGGUCAUGUCAGCUCCCAGGUGAAUCUCAGCAGCAGCAACAGGAUGUUUAAUGUGAGGAGGUGCUGGCUGGCUACUGCGUUGAUAGCUGCACACAAACAAGUAGAGAUAAAGUUCAUACAGCAGCUUCCUGUUGGACAAUCAGUUGUUAAGAUAGAUGCUACUUUUGAUGUUCCUGUUUCAAUCUGGGUUUCUGCAAGACCUUUUACUCUGAAAUUUAAACACUUUAGAAAGUCGUCUAAAUUUCCUUACAAAGCUCAGAAAUUUCAUUUACUCAUGUUAAAUUUGUAAAUCUGAUUUCCUGCAUUGGCUAAAACCUGUUUUCAUUAACAGUUAUGAUGAUUACUCUGUGAAAGGUGUUAACACUGGGUCAAAAAGAGAAGUUUAGUAAGUUCAAAUGAACUUGCCUAAGCUACUAACCUUAGUUAACUUUAUCUAGGUUUUAAAUGGAGCUGCACAGUGUGUGAAAUCACAGCAUCACGCUGUGCCACAUUACUUGGAUGCAAUAUUUCAAGUGUUAUGCACAAAACAAUAAAACAUUUGAUCAGAUGGA